AUGCCGUCGACAAGUUCCCUUUCCGAUCCCCAGGAAUACCAGAAGAUCUUCCAUUGGGCCGAGACACAGAAAGAUGGAGCUAUUCCUUCCUUCUCAACGAGACGGAAUGAUCCUUAUAAGUACCAAGCCGGGUUUGGCAACGCCUUCGAAUCAGAGGCUGUUCCUGGCAUAAUUCCACAUGGUCAGAAUAGUCCUCGAAAUGUUCGCUUUGGCCUGUACGCUGAGCAAAUCACUGCCACGGCCUUUGUCGCUCCGCGACACGCAAACAAGAAGGCCUGGCUGUACCGCGCCCGCCCAGCCGUGGCACACCAAGGCUUCACGGAGAUGCCAGACAAUAAGGACACCGAGUGUAACUUUUUGCCAUUAAACCCUCGCAUUCAUGUUUCUCCCACACAACUCGCAUGGCAUCCGUUUGAUAUCCCAGAGACCGAGGAGGUCGACUUCAUCUCAGGCUUGAAAACUAUUGCUGGCUCUGGCGAUCCCACACUACGGGAAGGCCUAGCGACUCAUGUCUAUGUUGCCAAUACUAGCAUGAAAAAGAAAGCAUUCGUGAACUCGGACGGCGAGUUUCUCAUUGUUCCGCAGCAAGGUGCUCUGGAUAUCCAGACUGAAUUCGGCCCCCUCUUUGUCCAGCCCGGAGAGAUUGUAGUCAUUCAGCGUGGUCUGCGCUUCCGUGUUGAACUUCCCGAUGGGCCUUCGCGUGGCUAUAUCCUUGAAGUCUGGGGGACCUGCUUUGAACUGCCAGAGCUCGGCCCCUUGGGAGCCAAUGGUCUAGCAAACGCGCGGGAUUUCUUGAGCCCGGUCGCCCACUAUGAAAUUGCUCAAGAACCUUGGGAGAUCGUGUACAAACUUGGUGGGAAGUUCUUCAAGAGUACACAAAAUCACAGUCCGUUUGACGUAGUGGCUUGGCACGGCAACUAUGUCCCAUAUAAGUACGACCUGACCAAAUUCGUCAAUGUCGGCUCUAUUUCCGUAGACCACAUUGACCCAUCUAUCUUCUGCGUCCUCACGGCCAAGUCGCGAGAUCUGACUGCCCCCUUGGCUGAUCUUCUUACCUUUUCUCCACGCUGGGACGUUGCCUCUCAUACAUACCGCCCUCCAUACUACCAUCGCAAUGUUGCGUCCGAGCUGAUGGGCCUUAUCUAUGGUGAAUAUGGUGGCCGCUCUGACUCCUUCAAGCCCGGCAGCGUAUCCUUUGAAUGUGGCAUGGUUCCUCAUGGCGUGGCAUAUGAGGAAUUCAAGGCGGCCAGCGAUAGUGUACCGCCAGUGAUGCAGAUCUCGGAAGCCUCGGUCGCGUUCAUGUUUGAGUCCAGUCGGCCUUUCACCAUCACAGACUAUGCGUGGAAUAGUACGAAGAAGCACGAACAUGAGCCGAAAAUGUGGGAUAAUCUCGUCGACCACUUUUCUGCCCAUGCGAAGGAGAUAGAAGAGAUCUUGUCUCAGAAAGCAAAGGGCUUGGCUUUAUCAUAA